AGGGAGAGACAGAGAUAGGGCUAAUGGUGCGGGCGGUGAUAGGGGAGGAACGGAGAUAAGGGGAGUGAGAGGGGUGAGUGUCCGGAACUAGGCGAGUUAUGAAAUUUGUGGAAAGUUUAUUCCGGGGCGGUCUCCUGUCUCCGCCCGCUUCCGCUUUGUUCAGAGGGAAAGCUGGGCGGAGAGCGAGCGCCGGAGCCCGAAGGCACAGGAUGAUGAAGCCGGACGGUAAGGUGGUGAUCCUGGGCGACAUGAACGUGGGCAAGAGCUCGCUGCUGCAGCGUUACACCGAACGCCGCUUCCAGGACACUUUCAGCACGGUGGGCGCCGCCUUCUAUCUCAAACACUGGGGCGCCCACAGUAUCUCCAUCUGGGACACGGCGGGCCGGGAGCAGUUCCACGGACUGGGCUCCCUGUACUGCCGGGGCGCGGCCGCUGUCAUUCUCACCUAUGAUGUGACGAGCCGACAGAGCCUGCGGGAGCUGGAGGACCGCUUCUUGGCACUUAUCGACUCGGCGCAGCCCGACUGCAUCUUCGCCGUGGCGGGCAAUAAAACCGACCUGACGGACGAGUGCGCGCAGCCAGGGGCGGAUGCGCGGCCCCGAGCACGGAAGCAGGUGUCGAGGCAGGACGCGAUCUUGUUGUACAAGCAGCUGCUCCGGUACCGCAUGCUGGAAGAAGGCGAUCUGCCCGCCGCCGAGACCAUGUGCUUUGAAACCAGCGCCAAGACGGGUCACAAUGUAGACCUGCUCUUCGAGACCGUCCUGGAUCUGGUGGUAGCCAGCAUCGUGAAGAAACCCAAGGAGCCGCCCGAGACCGUAGACCUGGCGCACAGCACCAAACUGAAACAGCGGCGAACUGCCUGUUGCACCUAGGGCAACGACACGGGGUCCCCACCCAAAGGCACAGAGAUGGUGGGUGCCGCACAGAGCCACACUUUGUAAAACAGUAGUGUUCUGGAACACAUGGGGUCCCGGGACAGUGCUCCAGUCGGUGUUCUAGAACACAGUAUUCUAGUACACAUGCAGCGGAGACCCACGCAUUCCAGAUCCCAUAUUGUCUGGGCCACUGCCCUAGAACCGGCGCAAGUUCUAGAGUGGAUGUAACUAGCCCCGAGCUGGGCUGGGAGGCACCCAGUAGCCCUGAGCUACUGCAACUGGGAAUAUACGUGAUCGGGGGCCACUCUAUCUUCAAAUACUCAUGUCGUGGGGCCACUGUAUUCGGGAUCACCAGGCAGUGCUGGAUUACCUGUGAACAUUGCCCUCCUGGUUUGCCUCUGUGUACUGAAGUGAGGCUGUCAUUGGUGGUCCAUGGGGAGCCAGGACUUCGUGCCCAGUCACCUGCGUCAGAGGUUCAUGUGAUGGACUCCAUCAGCGGGCAGUGGCUGAUGACGUUCGGAGAACAACAGUCUGAUUCUCCCGCCCAGCUUUCAGCGGGACUGAAAAUGCAGAUGAUCAGAUUAUAAUUUAUUAAAGCAUCUAGCUGUGAAUUAAUUACUUUUAAACUUAAUGUAAUACUUGUACUGUGAUGCCAUAAAUGUGACCAAGUACUCUUUCCUUAAAGAUUGCUAACACUUCCAUAAAUAGCUCGUAAAAGUAUCAGUGUUACCAGAUUUGAUCUUUAAAUUCACUACUGAAUUUACCAGUCUAUGAAAACCAGUGGAACAGCAGGCCUGGCCUUGGAGAGUCCAACAGUGUACAGUCUGUGAACUAUUUCUGCUCAUCCACUCAAACCCUCUUUGCAAGGGAACCGGAGCUCAUAUUUACUGUAUUUACUUUAUUUAUUUCUGGCUCUUAAUUAUCACAGGGUUUCUUUCGCAUUUGAAAGCAUUUAGCAGCCUAAAGCAGAUGAAGAGUCUCGGCUCGAAAUGCCCCUUCUUUUCCGUCCAUAGAUGCUGCCAGACCCGCUGAGUUCCUCCUGUAUUGUGUAAUUGUGUGCGUGUUGCUCCAGAUUUCCGGCAUCUGAGGUCUCUCUUGCAUCAGCAGUAUAAACUUAAUCCGUCUAUCACCUGUCCCCAUUUACCCCGUGUCGUUCACAGAAACUCUGUUGGAUGUGAUUCAGUACUUGCCUUACUGACCAUGGCUUGGAAUAAAUCUGUAAAACCUACAGUGUGGCAAAUGUGGGGCAGCGGUUGGCGUGGUGCCUAAUACAACGCUUUACAGUGCCAGUGAUCGGCAACUGGGGUUCAAGUCCCACCGCUGACUGCGGGGAGUUUGUUUGUUCUGUCUGUGACCACGUGGGUUUCCUCUGGGUCCUCCGGUAAGCUGACAAACGUCUCUCAAAGACGUAUGGUUAGGGUUGGUAAGUUGCAGCCACACUAUAUUGGCACCAGAAGUGCAGCUGCACUUGCGGGCCGCCCCAGCACGUUGCUGGACUGUGUUGAUCAUUGACGCAAGACAACACAUUUCACUGCAUGUUUUGACUUACAUGUGACAAAUGAAGCCAAUAUAUCUUUAAAUGUGUUGACUGCCGGUGGAGGUCUGUCAACAGGAAUUAAGAGAACAAACCUAGAAGGAAAAGCCCCUUACAAGGACCCUUACUACGUGCUGUUGUAAAGUGGAGAGGAGUGCGGAUCAGUUCUUGGCUGGACACAGCACCAAUGAGCCUGAACACCCUCUGGCGUGUCAGUCUGUCAACCGAUUGAAUGAAGGUUCCAACUGCGGUCAGCCUGAGCCAGGCCAGGGCAGGGCAGUUUGUCCAUGGAUCGUCCUCGCCUAAAGAGUAGCCCUGAGCACCACACUUCCCUCUGAUAGU